GCAGUGCGCGCAUUCCAUCAUGGCGGAGCCGUUUGCCUGCGUCUGCAGCGCGGGGCAGCGCCGACAGCGAUACUGAGGCGGACUCGCGCCCGGGCGGCGGUGGCGGGUGGCGCCGGGCGCGCGCGUGUAAUUGCCCAUAUUACACCAUCAGAAUAUUGAAUUGUUCAAGUGUACUUCUUAGGCAGGUGGUUGAUGUAAGAAACUGUCAAUGAGUGCUCAUUUCCGCCAUGAUGGCUGACCAGCCACCUCCAUUAGAAGCCACACCUAUAUUGAAUGAAGUGCCACUUCUACCUCAUAUGGUUAAUGGGGACAGCAUACAACAGGUUAUUCUUGUGCAGGUAAAUCCAGGAGAAACUUUCACAAUUAGAACUGAUGAUGGACAUAUCCAGUGUAUCCAAGGUCCAGCACAUGUUCCUCUGAUGUCACCAAAUGGUUCAAUGCCUCCAAUAUUUGUGCCUCCUGGUUAUGUAUCUCAGGUGGUGGAAGAAAAUGGAGUCCGCAAAGUGGUGGUAUUGCCACACUCAACUGAAUUCCAUCCUUCCAUGCAUCCCCCUCCACCACAUGUGCCACAUUACAUGCAUCCUCACCCUGCUUUGCUUCCCCAUCCACCUCAUCCAGUGUACCCUCCAGUUCCAGGGACAGGAGAAAUACCACCACAGUUCAUUCACCAGCAUCCACCACCACCGCAUGUUUAUCAAGAACAAGAGCCUCGUCCACAUGGAAGGACAAACUUUAUUCCACGAGAUGAAAGAACUCUCAAAAUGCAAGAGCAUCUGAAGAAAAGACUAAAAGAGAGACAAGCUAGUGGGCAUACUACUAAUAAGCUUAACAGCCCUCCUUCACCACAUAAAGUUCAUAAUUCUUCCAACAUAAGUAUGCAGAACGGAAACGGAAAGGGACAGCAAGUGGCUGGAGCCCCACUAAAGCAAAAACAAGUAGGAAAAGCAAGGGGCAGUCCACCAGCAGAUGCAGAGAUGGGAGAAUCUGACACAGAAUCCAAAAAGUUAUGUGAUCUCCAUUUAAGCAUUGGUAAACCCAUAGUUUCUGAAAUAUGGGCAAGAUCGGCUAUUUUGUCUUGGAAUCUCCCAGUUAGCUCGCAGAAUGGAGAGAGCCAGAGUUACAGUGCAGCAACUUUUACAUUUGAAGUCGCAAUAUCCAACAGUGGGAAAAAUGGAAAAUUUAAAUCUGUUUAUGUUGGAGAAGAAACAACAAUUACCCUUCCUGAUCUCAGACCAGCAACAGAUUACCAUGCCAGAGUUUCAGUAACAAGCAGUUCCAUAAAAGAAUCCGUUUCGGAAUUGGUGAGUUUUACUACAGAAAGUUGUGAACCUGACCCUCCUGCUGCGCCUAAACUAAUUAACAGAACAAAAAACAGCUUGAGCUUACAGUGGAAGUCCUCAAAUGACAAUGGUUCCAAAAUAACAAAUUUUCUCUUGGAGUGGGAUGAGGGAAAGAGUGGAGUAUUCAAAGAAUGCUACUAUGGGCAUCUAAAGCAGUACAAACUAACCAAACUAUCUCCUUCUACAAAAUAUUCGUUCAGAUUAGCUGCUAAGAAUGACAUCGGAAUGAGUGGGUUUAGUGAAACAGUGGUGUAUUAUACAGCAGGAAUUGUCCCUCCUCCACCACAGCCACCUCAACUAAUUGAAGCAGGAAUAACUUGGUUAUCAUUAAAAUGGAGCACACCUAAUGGUGCAUCUUUGGAGGACUCUCUGACUUACACUUUAGACAUGGAGGAAGAAGGUUCUGGCUAUGGCUUUCAACCACAAUACAAUGGAGAUGAGCUCUUGUGCACUUUAAAAAAUCUUAGGAGGAGUACUUCCUAUAAAUUUAGGCUCUUUGCCUACAACAGUGAAGGAAAAAGUAGUCCUAGUGAGGUAGUAGAAUACAGCACAAAUCCUGACAAACCUGGCCCUCCAAGUAAACCAAGUGUAAAGGGAAAGAUCCAUUCACAUAAUGUGAAAAUUACAUGGGAUCCACCAAAAGAUAAUGGAGGAUCAGACAUUUCUAAGUAUUUUUUAGAAAUUUCAGAAACAUUAAUUGGAAGUAAAUGGGAAAUCAUAUAUAGUGGUUCCACUAGAGAACAUGUGUGUGAUCAUCUCAAGCCUGGUACCUCAUACAAAUUGAGAGUUUACUGCAUCAGUAAAGGAGGAGAAAGCCAGGCUUCUGAUGUUCUGAUAGUUCAAACGUCAGCUGUUCCUCCUGGACCUUGCCAUGCCCCGUGCCUGGCUAGCAAAGCUAAGCCCAGAGAAAUUGCUCUUCAGUGGGAUCCACCUUCUACAGAUGGAGGCUCAGAAGUAACGGAGUAUGUUGUAGAGAUGGCAAACUCAGAACAAGAUGAACACAAGCAAGUGUAUCAAGGCCCAGCAUUAGAAUGCACAGUGAACAACUUGCUGCCUGGCAGAAUGUACUGCUUCUGGAUAAGAGCAGCGAAUAAAGCUGGGCUUGGCCCUCAUUCUGAAAAAGCAGAGCUUUCUACAGCUGCAGGUCCCCCUGAUCAGUGUUGCACACCCCUAGUAACCUGUAAGGGUGCUACCUGUGUAGUGGUUGCAUGGGAGAGUCCUGCAUGUAAUGGUGCUGAUAUUAGUGAGUACAGACUGGACUGGGGACAAGUGGAAGGAUCAAUGCAUAUCAUUUACACUGGCUCUUGCCUGAGCUAUGAAGUGAGAGGUCUUACACCAGCAACUACAUAUUAUUUCAGAGUACAGGCUGUGAAUAUAGCAGGAGCUGGUUUGUUUGGAGAUACAGCUGCCGUGACAACUCCAGCAUCUGUACCUGCAGCAGUGUCAGUUCUACAUUUUGUUGAAGAUCAGCUAGAAGUUCCUCUUCCUUUAUCAACGUGCCUUGCAAUUCAGUGGGAGGAACCCUGUUGCCAUGGCUCAGAGAUCACUGGAUAUAAUAUAGAAUAUGGGGAAAAGCAGCUUGUAACGGUUGGUAGAAGAAGCAGCCAUAUUCUAGAGAAUCUACAGCCUGACACUUUGUACAGAAUUAGAAUCCAGGCGAUGAACAACUUUGGAGUUGGUCCUUUCAGUCAUACCAUUAAAGCCAAAACAAAGCCACUACCUCCUGACCCUCCUCAUCUUGAAUGUGGGGUCUUCAGCUACCAGAGCCUUAAGCUGAAAUGGGGUGAAGGACCUAGCAGAGCUUUAAUUACCAAUCCUACGCUGUUCAACUUGCAGAUGGAGGAUAGAUUUGGCAGGUUUAUUACUGUUUAUCAUGGACCUUGUCAUACAUACAAGGUGCAGCGACUCAGUGAAUCCACUACAUACUAUUUUAAAAUCCAGGCAUAUAAUGAUGCUGGAGAAGGAGAGUUUUCUGAAGUUUACGCUUUCACUACAACCAAAUCUCCACCAGCAUCUCUUAAAGCACCCAAAGUAAAUCAACUGGGAGAAAAUAUUUGUGAAGUCACAUGGGAGCCUUUACAACCAAUGAGAGGCGAUUCCAUUGUUUACAUUCUUCAGCUUACCAGUGGAAGGGAGAUUGAUCAGGUAUACAAAGGACCAGAGACUUCAUUCCGUUUCACAAAUCUUCAGACAAACUGUGAAUAUCGGGUCCGAGUCUGCGCUGGACGCCAGUACCAAGAUUCUACUGGAUUACAAGAACUGUGCGGACCUUACAGUCCCAGUACGGUAUUCUCAUCUCAAAAGCAAGACUUGGCUACACAGUGUACUGAUUCUACAGCUGAAUUGGCAAAGUCUAAGAAGGCAGCGCAAAGUGAUCAGUACUGGGCUUCUGUUUUUCUUUUCCUGUUUGCAGCAGUUGCUAUUUUUUUUGCUCUUGUUAUUCAGUACUUUGUAAUCAAGUAGGAGGUUUAAAACCUAUUCGAUACUCAGCUUUAUGUAUGCAAGUUAUUUUGGGUAUUUGUGGUUGGUUAAUUCUAAUUAGAAUCCUAGCUGGAAAUGAUUGUAUAAGAGAUGCAUACAUUUCCAUCAGUUACUGUUAACUCAGUGAGGCUGGGUUGGCAGAAACUUUCCAAAUGCUGAAUGCAAAUCUGUCACUGAAAGGGGUAAUCCUUUGUCCUCUGUAAUCAGGGUUAGCUGUUGAUAGAACAGCCAAAAACUGCCUUAACACACACGUGCACAUGCAGACACCUGUGUGUGUACACUCCCUGUUGCAAUUCAAACCCUACAUCGUUUAGUCACUUAAAGAGAAGGCUUUAUAGAAAACAAAAAGUCCUUUUCAGAGUUCAGCUAGACAAGUGGUAGUGGGUCAGCAACUUUUAAUCAAGUAUUGUUAUAGUUUGGUAUACAUGAAAUAAAGCAGCACAAAUGCUUGAGCUUAGAACAGUACUGUAUUGCAGAACAUUACUAGAGCAUACCACAUUUAGUAUACUGUAGAAAGAAAACAAAAUAUUGGCUUGAUUUAGUGAUAUUACUACUUUGCAAUUAUUUUAAUGUUUGGGGUCCCAUGGUUGAUAUUGUUUCAAGUGUUAAGGUAGAGGGUACCAGCAUUUUUUAGAAUUUUAAUUAAAAUGCUAGACAAAAAUAUUAGUGCUGCAACAUACAUACAGUGGUGAUGCAUUUGUAUGUGACAUCGGAGAUAGACCCCAUUUUUGUACUGUACGUUUUUGAAUUCAAUGCUUUCUGCUGUUGGCAAGCAGCUGUUGGCCCAAUCCACAUUUCACUCUCAGUGCCUGAGAGAAGAGUAAUUUCCUGUGCUUCUGAUGAAAUCUUUGCAACAUUUUCAGAAAAAGCACAGAUAUUGUCUUUAAGGAGAAAGUGCAUUUAUGAUAAAUGUUUCACUAUUUGGCUCAAACUGAGCAAAUAUUUUUGUACAAUUAUUAACCUAAAAGUAAAAUGUUCAAACUGUUUUUGGAUGCCCUUCUAAUGUAAUAUGGAGGAUCAAAAAUGGACAUAACUCUUUUUUUAAGUAACAUUCAUACAGUGUUUUAAAUGACUUGCUAUCACAAAGGUGGCAGUUUCACAUUCCAUUUUUUUGUAUUUGAGAAUUUUCAGUUUGCUAUGAACUUGUCCAAGAUGCUUGGAGGAACUUUUUAAAAUUUUGUGGAGGCUAUGCACUACAUGUGACUGUUCCUUGUCAAAACUUUGUUGCAGACAUCUACAAGUAAGUGAGAGAGCUAUUUCCUUUCAUCAGCUAUUUUGCAAGCUGGAAGCCACAAAUUUAGAACAUUUGUUCAGUAUGGGUCUUUCUAAUUGCUUCGGAGUUAAGAGAACAUGCCAUAUACAGAUUCACAUACUCUGCAAGGACUACAGCUACACUUUAAAUACAUCAGAUCACUGCACUUGCCUGUGGGAUGUUAGAUGUGUAAUAGUACCAUUGGCUACAGGCUAAUUUCAGAGACUAAAACAUUUGAAGGGUGUUUUCUCCAGUGGUGGUUAAUAAUGUUAAGUUACGGUUGGAGGCAUUGUGUUGCAUUUCAAAUGUGGAAAACCUAAAUUAUGAUAUAUCGCUUAAUAUUCUUAAAAGUAGAUUCAUGGUGCAAUCGAAAAGUAACCUUUCAAAAAUAUACUCUUCAUUUUGUACUCUAUUUAUUUUGAUUUUAAAAAGUCCUGGAAAAUGUAUUGAAUGUAUUGUUCUACUUGUAGCAGAACUUUAAGUUAAUCAUUUAUUAUAUCAUGGAAGUCUCUCUUCAGUGUUGAAAAGAGUUUUAUACAGAUACUAGUGUCUUUAGUUUGCAGAAGAGUUUACAGCCUGUCUUUAUUUUCUUUCAUAUUUUACUUUUAGAAAAACAAUAGACUGCCUUCAGCAAAUCUCUAUUGCCAAAGGUUCUUUGUUCUAUUUUAAAUAAAAAGAAAAAAGCAUUAUGUGAUUAAUUUGGCAAUAGCAUUUCUGAUAUAUUGUUUAAAAAUGAUAAAUUAGACGUUCAGAAUAAAUACUAACUAAAAUCAUGACUUCUUCAAAUUUGAAAUAAAAUGCUUCUGUACUUUGCCACAAAACAUUCAUGUUUCCAGGAAAUAUACUGGAAAGCAUAGUGUAAUGUAGAUUUUAUAUUUACUAUUAUACAUUCCAGAUUGAUGUACCCUAGAGGCAUUAAUGUAUUAGGUAUAUUUUCCUUUUUCUUGUAAUGUAAUUUUGAGGCAUCUCAAACUUAUGUUAAAGCUGCCAUGCAUUGUAUUACUAAAUUGUAACUAUCAAAUAGAUAAUAUAUUUAAUACAGCCAAUAAAAAAAAAAAAAUCAAACAUA